AUGAUCAAACACGCGAUCCAAAGCACCAUGUUCAGCGCACUGAGCCUUGUCCGUUCACCCCCGCAGGUCGAGGAGCUCGGCUCCAAACUUGACUCGGCCGGUGUCCCAUACACUCUGGACCCAUGCCGAACGUGCGCGGAUCCUUGUGACCUCGGACAUGAAGAAUGGCCAAACCGGUUCGACGUGGACUUGUCUUCAGACAUGCUUGGUUCAGUCAAACCUUAUGGUAGACAGGUCGUCAUUUCAACCGGAAAAUCCGAUUGGGUGCGCGAGGUGACAGAGGAAUCCGACUCUCUUGCGGAACACCUCAACAACGUUCACGGUAAACUGGUAUCUUCAUCGACCGCCCGUCCUUCAAAAUCGGAAGGCGCUCCGGCUGGAGUAUUCACCGCUUCCGACUCGACGCGGCUGUCUGUGCUUAAUGGAUCCCACCGCGAAGUUGGGUGCGCCCCUAAAACGCAUACAGUGCUUGUGUUCCCGGAUUAUAAACUUGUCAAGGACGUACCAGCGACGACCGAGGGCGCAAGUGAGCUGUGGAAGGCUGUUCUUGACCCUGCUGUAGGGAUAGAAGGAAAACCGAGUGGCGCGGGUAUGAAGUCCUGGAUCUUGCCCUACUCUGCUGUCAUUUUACUUUGCUCCCACAAACGACGAGACAACAGAUGCCAUAUCGCUGCUCCCGUCUUGGAAGAUGCCUUUACGACAAGUCUGUCCAACCAAGGCUGGGAUGUUCAUACACAAAUUGACGACCCGGCCGAGCACGGACAACCAGCACUGGAAGACCUACCAGAGCCUCGUGCGGAGAAUGCGAAACAACGAUUGCAGGCAUUACGAAAACCUGAAAGUGACUUUUCUCAGCGCGUUUUAAUAUUAAGAAACUCGCAUAUGGGGGGUCAUAAAUUUGCGGGAAACGUGAUUAUUUACUUCCCUUCAGGAAACGGUGUUUGGUACGGUCGCGUCUCGCCGCAUGAAGUACAAGCUGUAGUCGAGUCUACGAUUCUUGGAGGAAAGUGCUACCCGCACUGCUGCGAGGAGGCACGUUCAAACGAGACGGACAUUUGUUGA